AUGGUUGCACGAUUCACAUCCAGAGCUGCCUGGCAGGCUGUCGCCUCGGCCACAAUUCCACGGAGCCUGGCCCAGACUAGGGGCUUUGCGAGCACUUUGCAGAGAGAAGAAAAAAGGACUGCCAUCAUCACUGGUGCGAGCCGCGGAAUCGGCAAGUCCAUUGCUCUCCGUCUGGCUCGAGACGGAUACGAUCUAUGCAUCAACGACGUCGAAGCAAACAAGCAAGGCAUUGACGAUGUCGUCUCCCAAGUCAAGUCUGCUGGUGUCAACGCUAUUGGCGCUGUUGGCGACGUAUCGGAUCUCUCGCAGGUUGAAGCUGUCAUUCAGAAGAGCGUCAAAAAGCUUGGCCCCUUGAACACGAUGAUCGCGAAUGCCGGUAUCGCCCAAGUCAAACCAUUGCUGGACCUGACUACAGAAGACUUUGAACGAAUGUUCAGAAUCAACGUGUUCGGUGUACAGAAUUGCUAUAGCGCUGCGGCACGACAAAUCAUCUCGCAGGGCAACGCCACGGCCGAGGCACCUUGUAAGAUGAUAGCUGCAGCUUCGAUUGUUGCCUUCAAGCCAUUCGCUCUGCUUUCCCACUACUCGGCGUCCAAGUGGGCUGUCAGAGGCCUCACGCAAGCGUAUGCAAUGGAGAUGGCUGAGCAUCACAUCACGGUGAAUUCCUAUGCUCCGGGCAUUGUCGGCACGGCCAUGUGGGAUCUUAUCGACGAGGAGCUGGGUAAGAAACGUGGCAACGACCUAGGUCAAGUGAUCAAGAAGGGCGAAACAAUCAAGAAGUAUACGGAUGAGUUGAUCGCACUGGGUAGAGUGUCUGUGCCGGAAGAUGUGGCCAAGCUCGUUUCCUUCCUUGCCAGCCAUGAUUCGGACUAUGUGACAGGCCAGUGUCAGGUAGUUGAUGGCGGCAUCAUUUUCACGUAG